AUCUAAUAAUGAUACAUUCUCAUAUCAAAGAGUACCUAGAGCUGUACAGAACACAUCACUUGACAUACUCUCAUAUACACAAGAUGUGGUUAUUGUCCAGUUCUAUAUCCCCCAAAUUAUACUGGAGUGUACUGGUGAAGCUCCUGAACAUGUUACAAUUACUGUACAGUGUAAUGGAACUGGUAGCAGUACAACUUACCAAAUAAGGAAUAUGAAUGAUAUAACAGGAUUAAUAUCAGUCCCUCAGUAUCAACAGUGUAAUAUCAGUAUUGUAUUUAGUAAUGAGGCUGGUAGUAGUGAACCAUUUAUACUAGCAUUUGAUACAUACCCUCCUUCUCCUAACAUCACUAAUGUCACUACUACAGGUACUAUUGGUACUAAUACUGUGCAUUUUAAUAUCACUACUGCUACUACACAAUUGUCUCCUACUGCAACACCUGUUUCAACAACUCUUAAUGUCAGUACUGUUAUCACAGCCGCAUCAUCAGGUGUUGUUAUUAUAUUUUUACUUAUAAGUCUCACUGUGCUUGUUAUUUUAUACAAAAGGAAGUUAAAGAGGUUUGCCUCAUCACAACAAAAACAACAAGAGGUACCUACUGCACAUAAUGAAGCAUAUGAAUUUAACACUUUAAUGAUUAACAAUAAUACUAAUGCUACUAAUCCUACUUAUGAAGAAAUAAGAGGAAACAAAGGAGGAGCAGUUAACAUGUGAAUUUCAAAAUUUUUGUGACUAAAAUUA